UCCAGUCAUUUCAGCACACUUUUCACUCAUUCAUAGGCCAAUCAUCGGCCGACUCUCCGCCUCUGAGAAUUCCCAAACUCUGAAGGAAGCCAAAGUAUCUCUCUUUCUCUCCCUUCCUCUCAGUUUUGGAUAAAACAGAAACAGAACAAACAAAAAAAAUAAAAGAGGGGAGAACCCAUUAAAGUCAGUAAAAACUUUCUUUUAAACAGAGAGGGAAGGAAAGUAAAAUCUGCGGUUAGAAAAAGAGGGGAGGAAAUAAAAAGGCCACAUAAAAUCCUUCAAGAAAGAAGAAGUUCACGAGCUGUCUUCUUUGUUUCUUUCUUAAAUCUGUCCCCAGAAAAUCAUUCAAAAAAGGAAAAGAAACAAGAAGUUCAGGUGGGUAAAGAUUUCACGGGCAAAAACCCACUUCUUCACCAACCAAAACAGAAAAAAAAAACACACAUCGAACGGUUAUUUUACUGCCACGUCACCCCACCACCAUCACCGCCUAGCUCGAUCUCAAACUGGGUGUCUCUGAAACCGUGCUAUGAUAAUGUGAGUGCUUUUUGUUUGGCACUUUUCCUUUUCUUUUCUUUUCUUUUUUGGUCUGGGGUUUCUCUUUUUAAAGGUUUAAGCUUUGGUCGAGUAAAAGAGAAAAGAGAGAAAUGGAUCGAUCAGCAAUAACAGUAGGACCUGGGAUGGACAUGCCAAUCAUGCAUGACAGCGAUCGUUAUGAACUGGUUAGAGAUAUCGGUUCAGGGAAUUUCGGGGUGGCUAGGUUGAUGAGAGAUAAGCAGACUGAGGAGCUUGUUGCUGUUAAGUAUAUCGAGAGAGAUAGAUGAAAAUGUACAAAGGGAAAUUAUCAACCACAGGUCACUGAGGCAUCCAAAUAUUGUCAGAUUCAAAGAGGUCAUAUUGACACCAACCCAUCUGGCUAUUGUGAUGGAAUAUGCAUCUGGAGGAGAGCUAUUUGAGCGGAUAUGUAAUGCAGGCCGGUUCAGUGAGGAUGAGGCACGCUUUUUCUUUCAACAGCUUAUAUCAGGAGUCAGUUAUUGUCAUGCAAUGCAAGUAUGCCAUCGGGACUUGAAAUUGGAGAACACAUUACUGGAUGGGAGUCCAGCUCCUCGUUUGAAGAUUUGUGACUUCGGGUAUUCCAAGUCUUCAGUACUGCAUUCACAACCUAAAUCAACUGUUGGAACUCCAGCUUAUAUAGCUCCUGAAGUGUUACUAAAGAAAGAAUAUGAUGGAAAGGUUGCGGAUGUCUGGUCUUGUGGGGUAACCUUAUAUGUUAUGUUGGUCGGAGCAUAUCCUUUUGAAGACCCUGAGGAUCCUAAGAACUUCCACAAAACAAUACAUCGAAUUGUAAAUGUCCAGUACUCAAUCCCGGACUAUGUCCAUAUAUCUCCUGAGUGUCGUCAUCUAAUCUCAAGGAUUUUUGUGGCUGACCCAGCAAAGAGGAUAUCCAUUCCUGAAAUUAAGAAUCAUGAGUGGUUUUUAAAGAACCUACCAGCAGAUCUCAUGGAUGAGAAUGCAAUGAACAGCCAGUUCGAAGAACCUGAUCAACCUAUGCAAAGUGUUGAUGAUAUUAUGCAGAUCAUCUCUGAGGCCACUAUUCCUGCGGCUAAUACAAAUAGUCUGAAUCAUUAUUUGACUGGUAGCCUGGACAUUGAUGAUGAUAUGGAAGAGGACCUGGACAGUGAUCCUGAACUUGACAUUGAUAGUAGUGGAGAGAUAAUAUAUGCGAUGUGAUUCUGAUCGUGCCCGUGUGCUGAGAAGGGUGGUCAUCCAAUGUUCAUUGAAGUUUAACCUUGGAAAUUGGAGCUUUGGGUGGGAAAGGACAAAGGAGGUAUCAUUUUCUUGAAAGUGGGGGACAGUAUAGGUAGGGAUUUCUCCGUCAAGCGAGAAUCCAGCAUUGUGCUUGUGUUCUCUGUAUCACUAAAUGCCCUGCCACUUUGAAGUGGCAUAUGUACUGUUUUUGUAAUCUUGUAACACCUGUAAUGAAGUCUUAACUUUGUCUUUAAUUGUACCGGUGACACCUUGUCUCCAUUUCUAGAAAGUUUGUUAUAGACUUA